AUGAGGUGGAUGAUGAAGGUCUUGGUUCUGCCACUGCUGCUGCUGUGCUUGUGGCCUCUACAAAAUGGAGCGCAAGCCUGCAAGUGCUCCCCGAAGCACCCGCAAGAACAUUUUUGCCAAUCGGACAUCGUUAUCAAGGCAAAGGUUACUCAUGUGACAGUUGAUGUGGCCAGACGUCUCAAGUACCACAUUUUAAUAAGCGAGACCUUAAAGAACCCCAUAAGAAGGUAUUUUCACGCAAUCCACACUUUACCGAGCACUGCAGCAUGUGGAGUCAUUCUGACCAAAGGCACUGAGUAUCUAUUUAUGGCCAACAUUCAACGUGAUGGCGGACUCUACAUCUUCUCGUGUGACUUCUUUGAGCCGUGGGAAGCCUUGAGUGCCACGCAAAAGAACUUGUUGCGACGUUACAAAUUGGGUUGUGACUGCAAGAUCAAGAGAUGUGACUCCUUUCCGUGCGGCCCGAGCAGCCCAAAAGAGUGCUUGUGGUCAGACUUUCUGUUGCAGACAUCCCAUGGCGAGCAGGCCCGAAACUUCGCUUGCAAAAAGGGAAAAGACGGUUCUUGUGCUUGGUACAGAGGCCUAAAUGUGAUAAACUCUGAAUAA